AUGGACGAUAUAGCGGUCUCCAGCCUCAACAAGGGCACGAAUAAGAACGACGUCAACGGCUGGCUCUGGGAGCCCGUCAAUAGCGGCAAGGUCCUCUCCUUCCCCUCGGGCGUAGCAACAGGUCGACGGAAAUGGAUCUCCGACUACUUCAACGUCGACGCCAAGAGCGGAAGGAUGGACCUCUACUGGAACAGCCUCAAGGACGUCGCUAAGGACGAAGAUCCAGUUCUACGACGUCAAUGGAGAAGUGACGGCCUGGCUGACUACGUCUGGACACAAUCCGUCGACGACGCCGUCCGCGUCUGGCUCAACCAGUACCCCAAGGCGGGAGCCAUCGUCGCCUGGCUCAACAGCUGCGCCGAGGACGACCUAGCACCCGAGCUAAUCCUCAUCGACACGCCGCCCUGGGCGACGGAGCCGCCAGUCGUGUGCGACGACUGGUUCGGCAACAUCGACAAGCGCGUCACCGACGGCUUCAACGACCAAAAGCUGGGGAAAGACGACUAUAACCACAAGGUGCGCUACCGUGUCCAGUGGCGCAAGGGCUGCAAGACGGAGCUCAAUGGCCGCAAGGACAUGGACGUCCUCAACCCCGUGGAGGACUACAGCGUGCGAUGGCGGAACGCGUUCCAGAUGCCAUGGGAAUACUCUACGUAG